GGACACGCUUCCGGUUACGUCAUCACGUCGCGUACUCGCGCUGAGCUCUCUGAUUGGACGACGUACUCUGAGGAAACGUCGAGAAACAACCAGACAGGAGCCAAGAGCGUAUAAAACGAUGGUGGCGGUUAACUUCGCCGUUACUGAGAGUACAAGAAAACUGACGAGAGGAACGACUCGACAGCGGAGGGCUCUUCUUCUUCUCUCUCAUCUUUUCUCGAGGGACAUAAAUAGAAAACGACAAAAAUGUCUGCAGCCAAAGGUGUAGCGAUUGGCAUCGACCUGGGCACCACCUACUCCUGUGUGGGGGUUUUCCAGCACGGAAAAGUAGAAAUCAUCGCCAACGACCAGGGCAACAGGACGACCCCAAGCUAUGUCGCGUUCACCGACACAGAGAGGCUGAUCGGGGAUGCAGCCAAGAACCAGGUGGCUUUGAACCCCAGCAACACUGUGUUUGAUGCCAAGAGACUGAUUGGAAGAAAGUUGGAUGAUCCAGUGGUGCAGGCUGACAUGAAGCACUGGCCCUUCAAGGUGGUUGGAGAUGGAGGGAAGCCCAAAAUUCAGGUGGAAUACAAAGGAGAGGACAAAGCCUUCUACCCCGAGGAGAUCUCGUCCAUGGUCCUGGUGAAGAUGAAGGAGAUUGCCGAAGCCUACCUCGGCCAGACUGUGUCCAAAGCGGUCAUCACAGUCCCGGCGUACUUCAACGACUCCCAGCGUCAGGCAACUAAAGAUGCAGGCGUGAUCGCAGGACUGAACGUCCUGAGGAUCAUCAAUGAGCCAACGGCGGCCGCCAUCGCGUACGGUCUGGACAAAAGCAAGUCAGGAGAACGUAACGUCCUGAUCUUUGACCUGGGCGGAGGCACCUUCGACGUGUCCGUCCUGACCAUCGAAGACGGUAUCUUUGAGGUCAAAGCCACAGCCGGAGACACUCACCUGGGUGGAGAAGACUUUGACAACCGCAUGGUCAACCACUUUGUGGAGGAAUUCAAGAGGAAACACAAGAAGGACAUCAGCCAGAACAAGAGAGCUUUGAGGAGGCUGCGCACAGCUUGUGAGAGGGCCAAGAGAACCCUGUCGUCCAGCUCACAGGCCAGCAUUGAGAUCGACUCUCUGUUUGAGGGCACUGACUUCUACACCUCCAUCACCAGGGCCCGCUUUGAAGAGCUGUGCUCCGACCUGUUCAGGGGAACGCUGGAGCCGGUGGAGAAAGCCCUGAGGGAUGCCAAAAUGGACAAGGCGCAGAUCCACGACGUCGUCCUGGUGGGCGGCUCCACCCGAAUCCCCAAAAUCCAGAAACUCCUGCAGGAUUUCUUCAACGGCAGGGAGCUGAACAAGAGCAUCAAUCCUGAUGAGGCGGUGGCUUAUGGUGCUGCCGUCCAGGCUGCCAUUCUCUCAGGUGAUACCUCCGGCAACGUUCAGGACCUGCUGCUGCUGGACGUGGCGCCGCUGUCCCUGGGCAUCGAGACAGCUGGCGGAGUGAUGACGUCCCUGAUAAAACGCAACACCACCAUCCCCACUAAACAAACCCAGACCUUCACCACCUACUCCGACAACCAGCCCGGGGUCCUCAUCCAGGUCUACGAAGGGGAGAGAGCCAUGACCAAAGACAACAACCUGCUGGGCAAGUUUGAGCUGACAGGGAUCCCGCCUGCGCCACGAGGGAUCCCACAGAUCGAGGUCACCUUCGACGUGGAUGCCAACGGCAUUUUGAACGUGUCUGCAGUGGACAAAAGCACCGGCAAAGAGAACAAGAUCACCAUCACCAACGAUAAGGGCCGUCUGAGCAAAGAAGAGAUCGAGAGGAUGGUGCAAGACGCUGACAAAUACAAAGCUGAGGAUGACCUUCAAAGGGACAAAAUCGCUGCCAAGAACUCCCUUGAGUCUUACGCCUUCAACAUGAAGAGCAGUGUGCAGGAUGAGAACAUGAAGGGCAAAAUUAGUGAGGAGGAUAAGAAGAAGCUGAUUGAGAAGUGUGACGAGACCAUCAGCUGGCUGGAGAACAACCAGCUGGCUGAUAAAGAGGAGUAUCAACACCAGCAGAGAGAGCUGGAGAAAGUGUGUAACCCCAUCAUCAGCAAGUUGUAUCAGGGAGGAAUGCCUACUGGUAGCUGUGGAGAGCAGGCACGAGCCAGCGCCCAGGGGCCCACCAUUGAGGAGGUCGACUAAAGUGGAACUAAAUAUGGACUCUCUUAAUGUUUAAUAUUGAACUUCAUACCUUUGUUUUGUAGGUGUUUCUCCUUGUACAUAUAAUGUGUAAUCUUAACAAUCAAGAGAUUUUGAGAACGGGCUUGUCCAUAUGGUUUUAUGUUGCUGCAAUGCUGGAAUUUGCAAUAAAGAUGACUGUUAAAUAAAGUUUUUAUGUGUUUUUUGGUUUUAUCUUGCACUGGUUUCAGUUGAGUUGGCAAUGCAUCUUGAAACAUCGAGUUAUCAGAAUUUAACAUGAAAUGAAACCAGAGAUUAUUGAUAUUCUGCAAACAAACAGUACAGCCACAUUAAAAAUAAGAGAAAGAAGAGAAUAAUUCAAGUUACCUGCUGCAUACACAACCUUUUUCAUACUCUAAAAUUUUGUGAGGUGUUUUUUAAACAUAGCUCAAACACCUUGCUUUUACGGAUUAGAAAAUAAGACGUGGAUUUUGAGAAAUUUUGAACAUCUAGACUUGUUAAUA